AUGGAAAAAGAGAUUUCAAAGAUACCUCAAACAGAAGAUGAUAUAAUCCCAACACUUAAAUUGAGUUAUGAUCAUCUUCCAUCAAGUUUGAAACAAUGUUUUGUAUAUUAUUCUCUAUUUCCUAAAGAUUAUGUACUUAAUGUAGAAAUUCUAGCACAGCAUUGGAUGGCCCAAGGUUUUAUUAAGAUACCAUAUCCAAAUGAUUGUUUGGAAGAUGUGGGUUAUCAGUAUUUUAAAGAAUUACUUUGGAGAUCCUUCUUUGAAGAAGUUGAAAUAGAUGAGAAAGGCACUGUAACAAAAUGCAAAAUGCAUGAUUUAAUGCAUGAGCUUGCGGAGUCAAUAACACGACCCGAGUUUGAUAGGCGAAAUGGAAAUACCGAACCUUUUAACAGUAAAACACGUCAUGUGUUGUUGUAUGGAUACCAUUCUUAUUUGGUACAAGAAAUGCUACCUUCAUUGAUUCAAGCUAAAAAGAUGAGGAUGAUUCCUAGGCCUGAUGUGCCUGGACAGAGGUUGUUGCUUACAAGGAUUGUUGAUGAGUCAACGUGUGAUGCAGUUGCUUUAAAUUUGACGUCGUUACGCAUGUUGGAUUUGCAUGAGUAUAGUAUUAUGAAAGUGCCUAAAUCUAUUGGUAAGCUGAAGCAUUUGAGAUAUCUUGAUCUUUCUUAUAAUGGUUUUAAGGUACUACCAGAUUGUGUCACAAGAUUGCAUAAUUUACUAACAUUGACGCUCAACAAGUGCGUAUUUCUUCAAGUAUUGCCUAAAAACAUAAAUAAACUAAUCAAGCUCCGAAAUCUUGAGAUUGGGGAGUGUUACAAUCUGAAAUACAUGCCACGUGGAAUAGGUGAAUUAAGUAGCCUUUGCAAAUUAUCAAAGUUUACAUUGAAUAAGGACAUGAGUUUUUCCUCUAAGCAUCAGGGUGGCGCUGCGCUUGAUGAAUUAGGGGGACUAAACAACUUGAGAGGGACGUUGAAAAUUGAACACUUGAGAAUAGAUGCAAUAUUUGUACGACCAAAGGAUGCAAAUCUGAAAGAGAAGCAACAUCUUCGAUCCUUAGAUUUAAGUUGGAUUGAAGAUGUUAAAUUGGAAGAAAUAAUAGAGGCGGUGCCAGAGGGAUACGAAAUGCAACUGGAAGGCCUCCAACCGCAUCCAAAUCUCAAAGAUUUGUGUAUUCGGAAAUAUCAGGGUGUCAGGUUUCCAAGUUGGUUUGACUCGCUUACAAAUCUGUAUGUUUUAAACGAUGAGUACUUGUCUUACUCAUCAUCGUCGUCUUCCACUUUAAUAGUCUUUCCUUCCCUGGAAGUCCUGUGUUUAGACAACUUGCCUAAUUUAAAAGGAUGGUGGGGGAGGAGUGAUAGUUCAUCUGCCACAGCGAGUAGUACUCAUGAUGAUCAUAGGUUGCCCGUAUUCCCCAAUUGUCUUUCUCGUUUAACCAUCUACAAUUGCCCAAGCCUGACAUGCAUGCCGCUUUUUGCAUAUGUAAACCAUCGUGUAGAGUCGAGAAAUACCAGUUGGAAAUCAUUCCAACAGACAAUCCUCAGUGUCAGUGGUGGCGGUGCAAGACCCAUUAAUGUUCAACCAUCAUCAUCAUCAACAUCGUCAUCAACAUCUUCCUACUACUCUCCACUCUGCAAAUUGACGUCUUUGGUUAUUCAUUGGAUUCAUGAUCUACAAUUUCUCCCAGAUGAGCUGAAAAGCCUCACUUCUCUCAAGGAUCUGAAUAUCGGGUACUGCCAAAAAUUUAAGUCUCUAUAUCCGGGUAUUCAGUAUCUCACCAUCACUUCAAUAUUUAUGGAUUGA